CCUCUUUCCGGUGUGUCCCGGAGCGUUGGUAGCGCUGCUGCUGCUGCCUGUCAACAUCUCACUACCCAGGAAAACACCUGUGUCCCGGAUUUUUGUUUUUUUAAUCGUUUAUUUCUGACAGUACAGCACUUACAGUCCUCCGCCAUGCCCAUGUACCAGGUAAAGCCCAUCUGUGGGAGUGACAUAAAGAUUGAUUUGCCAACGUGCAUGUACAAGUUACCAAAUAUCCACGCGCAGCAAGGGAACAGCUGCACUUCUGAGCACGCGCUUCAGAAUGGCGAGGUGGACCCAGCGGUUAGGGCUCUGGAGGUCCGGCAGGAUGAAAUCAUGAGAAAACUGUAUGAGCUGAAGGCAGCUGUGGAGGGCCUGGCAAAGACGGUAACCACUCCUGAUGCAGACCUGGACCUGACAGUCAGCAGUAGCCUUUCGUCACAGAGCCCCAUCUCCACAACCUUUAAAGGCGUCACGGACCUGGACACAGUACUGGGCAAGGACCUCGGUGCUCUGCGUGACAUUGUCAUCAACGCCAACCCUGCACAGCCCCCCCUCACCCUGCUGGUGCUCCACAGCCUGCUGUGUCAACGCUACCGGGUGCUCUCCACCAUCCACGUCCACUCCUCGGUUAGCAAUGUGCCGCCACAGCUCCUGUCCUGCCUCGGUCCACGCCAUGCAGACAGCUACGCCCGCCAGUUGUUUCAGUUGGGAUUCACUCUCAUAUGGAAAGAGGUCCCCAAACUGCAGAUGAAGUUCAGUGUCCAGAACAUGUGUCCCAUCGAGGGCGAGGCCAAUGUAGCGCGCUUCCUCUUCAAGCUGCUCACUCCAUACCCCAGUGACCCGGCUCUCGCCACGCUGGUUGAUAACUGGGUGGACACCGCUUUCUUCCAGCUGGCGGAAGGCAGCUCCAAAGAGCGAGCCGCCGUCCUCCGGUCCCUCAACUCCGCCCUGGGGCGUAACCCCUGGCUCACCGGGUCUGAGUUCUCCCUGGCAGACAUCGCCUGCUACUGCUGCGUGCUCCAGAGUGGCUCUGCCUCCUCUGCUCCUGCUAACGUGCAGCGUUGGAUCAAGUCCUGUGAGAACCUGGGACACUUCAGUCCUGCCACACAGCUCCUGAAGUGACCCAGGCCGAACCAGACAAAGUGAGAGAAGGGCAUUAGAAUAUUAAACUAUGCUAGCCAUGUCUUGAACAGCUUCUAAUGCUUCCUUCCUUCCUGUAGUAUGCUGUCGACCUGACAGAGACUCAACAGGAGCAGACAGCUGAUGGUUAAAGAUGUCUCUGCCAUGCUGCUUUUAUAUAACAAAGAAAUACUAAUAAUAUGUUUAUUUUGAAAGGGAGGAAGCAUGAGAAGACUGUCGAGACGAGGGCUCGAUGGGUUAAAUCAGAGGUAUUGACAGAAGUUAUCUAACAAACACUGUUCACCUUCCACCCACUUUGUGCCUAACAUGAUCCUGUUCUAAAUGUGUGUGUGUGAGUAAAUGUGUGGUAAAGGGUAUUACUGGGUGUUUUCAGAGGUAAUACUUUGUACCAUUUCUUUUUCUGAACUCAUUAAAACUAAAAAUUUGGAUCAAACUUUGAA